AAUUUAGGAAGAAGAUUAGAUCGUGAAGGCAAAAAAUAGUACACAUAAUUGCGGAAAACCAUGCAAAAGGUGGUUUGAGAUUUUAGUGGUGAUGAGCUUCUGUGUUGCACUAUAAAUAUUGAAACCAAAGUACUACUGGUCAGCCAACUCAGGAUCGAUCAUCUUUUUCCCCCAAAUGUCAUGUUUUCAAACCAAUAUUAUAAUAAUAAUAUCAUGGGUUUGAAAAUCAAUAUGGGAAGUACUAUAGCAUUGCUGUUGUUGUUAGCAUAUGCUGCCAAUGCCCAACCUGGUGUCUUUGAUAUCAGAAAGUACGGUGGCAAGUCGAAUGGAGAUAUCACCCAGGCUGUGAUAAAAGCUUGGCAAGGAGCCUGCCAAACAGCGGGAAGGAGCAAAGUAGUGAUUCCAAAAGGGAUAUACAGAAUGGGGGCUGUAACAUUUAGUGGACCGUGUAAGGGUAGGAUCGAGUUUCAGAUUCAAGGAACCGUACAAGCCCCAGGCGGUCGCGGUUACUUCAAGUCGGGAAGUUGGGUCACUUUUUUACGCAUUGACGGCUUCACUUUGUCUGGCGGUGGAACUUUUGAUGGUAAAGGCAAAAGCGUAUGGGGAACGAAAUCGUGUUCCGGUAUUAAAUACUGCGGUGACCUUCCCAUCAGUCUCAGGUUUGAUUUCAUCAGCAACGGACUGAUUCAGGGCAUAACAUCUUUGGAUAGCAAACAAUUCCACAUUAAUUUGUUGGGUUGCAAAAAUGUUACCUUCCAACGCGUAAAUAUCAUAGCACCUGGAAAUAGUCCCAACACUGAUGGAAUUCAUCUUGGGCGAUCAUCUGGAAUCAGAAUACUCGAUACAAAGAUUGCAACUGGUGAUGAUUGUGUUUCCAUUGGUGAUGGCAGUCGGGAUAUACUUGUCCAAAGAGUAACUUGUGGACCUGGCCAUGGAAUCAGCAUCGGAAGUCUUGGCAAGUACACGAAUGAAGAACCUGUGGUUGGAGUCAAAGUUCUUGAUUGCACAAUGACAAACACACAGAAUGGCGUGAGAAUCAAGACAUGGCCUAAUUCCUUUGCUGGCACCGCCUCUGAUCUGCAUUUCGAGAAUCUCGUCAUGAACAAUGUCGACUAUCCUGUCCUCAUAGAUCAAUCAUACUGCCCAUGGCGUCAGUGCAAAGCACAAGUCCCCUCCAAGAUCAAGAUCAGCGAUGUCAGCUUCAAGAACAUAAAAGGUACAGCUAAUACAAAGGGGGCAGUGAAGCUUAUUUGCAGUAAGGCAGUACCGUGUAAGAAUGUGAAGGUCACUGACAUAGACAUCCGAUACCAAGGAAAAGACGGUCCUGCUACUUUCCAAUGCACUAAUGUCAAUCCAACCCUCGGUGGGAAACAUAAUCCUCCUCCUUGUACGGUUAAAUAAAUUCCUAAAGUUACCAAAUAAAUCACAAUAAGAUUAUUACAAUAUAAUUUAAUUAAACUUCUUGUUCUUGUGUACUACGUUAAUAUAUAUAUAAUCUUGCAUGCAUGCAUGCAUUCAUGCAGUUUGUUUGUCGUAAAAUACAUGAUCAAUUGUGGUUAUGGAAGUGAUGAAGUUGAUAAUGUUGAUGGAAAGAGACAUGCAAGAUGUUAUAACUUCAGAUAUAUUGCAACAGCCCCGACCUUGAAGACCAAAACGUCCAACUACUAUAAGAAGUAAAAACAAACGGAUCAAAAGCACUAACCCAUAGCUUAUAUAUGGACUUAACAACAAAUUAACAUGCUUGCUUCAUCAGCGCUAAGCUUCAUCAAGAUCGAACGCACCUAGCUAAUUCUCAAUACUGAUAUUAUUCCAAGGUAGUCAAACAUGCAGCAUGCGAACCUUAAGAACACAAACAAGUGAUUUUCUUUUUCUACCUAAUUACCAAUUACUUCGCAUUGAAUUAAAGUGGGAAGGUAAAAAAAAGAUGGGAAUGAAGGCCGUUCCAAUAAAAACCUCUUGAUAAUAUUAUUGAGAAGUACUUUCUAAUUUUAUUCCUUUUCUUCACCUCUUGGGUACGAUGAUGCUAUUUUAAUAAUCCUGAUUAGAAGAUUAAAGGAAACUAACUUUGUUGUAUGUUGAAAAUUGAUCACUAUCAAGUAACUUAGUGCAUGUACAAAAUUCUAUUACAAAAAAGCUUCCAUCUCGAUAAUGAUUUCUCUCUGUAAUCGUCCUCGUUAUUUUCUUUGUUCCCUAGUUUAAAAUUAGGCAUGAGUAGUUAUAGAGACACGUGGAGUUUAUCAAGUGAUCUAUACAAGAAGAAUAAAAUGUUUGUGAAAUGAUAAGCACACAGGGACCAGACCGGGGAAACAGGGGGAAGGGAGUGGGGAGCUGGGACAAGACGCGGAUUCACACAAAAGAGAGAGGCUUGUGGAUUAGGUUCUUAUGAUCCGCU